UCUCUCUCACACACACACACACACGCUCUCUCUCUCACACACACAGACACACACACACUCUCUCUCACACACACACACACACGCUCUCUCUCUCACACACACAGACACACACACACGCUCUCUCUCACACACACGCUCGCUCGCUCUCUCUCUCUCUCUCUCUCACACACACACACACACACGCUCUCUCUCUCUCACACACACGCUCUCUCUCUCACACUCACACACACACACACACACACGCUCGCUCUCUCUCUCUCUCUCUCUCCACACACACACGCUCUCUCUCUCUCUCACACACACACGCUCUCUCUCUCUCUCACACACACACACACACACACAUAUUGAAGGAAAAUAACUGCGUCUCCUCGAGUUGAGUCAGUUGGAACAAACAGUAUCGAUGAAUCAAUCGUUGUUUCUUCAGCAAACAGACACAUGAAGCGCGGAAGAAGUUUCUGGAGAAUAUCGAUUAUUUCUGUCGGGCUUUAGAAGAAGGUGUAAGCGCUGCAGAUGAUCAGGGCAGGACGACCAGUUGUGACACUUUAAUCUACACGUCCACAGACGGACAGACAGACAGACAGACAGACAGAUACAGACCGGCCGUCAGUGUGGACUAACUGCGGACGGAGCUGUUUGUGUGUAUGUUUCCAAGGCGGGCGACACACACGCGGGCGGCUCGAGUCUUGGGGAUGGAGCUACAGGUUUGGAUGGGGACGCGACUGCUGGUUCUGAUGGGUCUGAUGAUGCUGCACUCGUCCGCUCGGGGUAAUGUGUUGGACACCAUGUUACUGAGGAAUCCUGGGAAGGCGACGAUGGGCGGCACUAAAGAGAGCAGCAGAAGCACAGCAGUUGUGAUUCCAGAGAGAAUGUUGUUAUGUCACUGUUACCAUCACUGUCCCGAAGACGCUACAAACAGCACUUGCAGGACUGAUGGUUAUUGCUUCACUAUGGUGGAGGAAGAGGACGGCGGCGCUCCGGUGCUCACCUCUGGAUGUUUGGGUCUGAUGGGCUCUGAGUUUCAGUGCAGGGACACAGGGAACGCUCGUCUGAGGAGGAUGUUGGAAUGUUGUACGGAUCAGGAUUACUGUAACCGUGACCUUCACCCGACCCUGCCGCCACUCAAGAGACCCGAUCUGGACAGCAGUAUUCAUCACAUGGCACUCUUCAUCUCUGUGACUGUCUGCAGUGUCGUUCUGACCUUCAUCAUCAUAUUCUGCUAUUACAGAUACAAGCGUCAGGAGAGUCGAGCGCGGUACAGCAUCGGUCUGGAGCAGGACGAGACCUUCAUCCCCACUGGAGAAUCUCUGAAGGAUCUGAUUGAACAGUCUCAGAGUUCAGGCAGUGGAUCAGGACUCCCUCUGCUGGUGCAGCGAACGAUUGCGAAACAGAUCCAGAUGGUGAAGCAGAUCGGGAAGGGGCGUUACGGCGAGGUGUGGAUGGGUCGCUGGCGCUGCGAGCGCGUCGCCGUGAAGGUUUUCUUCACCACGGAAGAAGCCAGCUGGUUCAGAGAGACGGAGAUCUAUCAGACUGUCCUGAUGAGACACGAGAACAUUCUGGGUUUCAUCGCAGCUGAUAUUAAAGGCACGGGCUCGUGGACGCAGCUGUAUCUGAUCACAGACUAUCAUGAGAGCGGAUCUCUGUACGACUACCUCAAAUCCACCACACUGGACACGAAAUCUCUGCUGCGGCUCGCGUUCUCCGCCGUGUCCGGUCUGUGUCACCUGCACACGGAGAUCUCCGGCACGCAGGGAAAACCGGCCAUCGCUCACCGAGACCUGAAGAGUAAAAACAUCCUGGUGAAGAAGAACGGCUCCUGCUGCAUCGCUGACCUCGGACUCGCUGUCAAACUCAUCAGUGACACUAAUGAAGUGGACAUCCCGCCCAACACGCGUGUGGGCACAAAACGCUACAUGCCUCCUGAAGUUCUGGACGAGACUUUGAACCACAGUCACUUCCAGUCGUACAUCAUGGCCGACAUGUACAGCUUCGGGCUCAUCCUGUGGGAGAUUGCGAGGAGAUGCGUGUCCGGCGGUAUCGUGGAGGAAUAUCAGCUGCCGUAUCAUGAUAUGGUGCCCACAGACCCGUCAUAUGAAGACAUGAGAGAGGUGGUGUGUAUCAAGAGACACAGACCUUCGUUUGCAAACCGCUGGAGCAGCGACGAGUGUCUGAGGCAGAUGGGUAAACUGAUGACUGAAUGUUGGGCGUACAAUCCUGCAUCUCGUCUGACCGCCCUGCGCGUCAAGAAAACGCUCACUAAGAUGUCCGAGUCUCAGGACAUUAAACUGUGAUGCUCGUCCCGUCCUGAGUGAGGCGCAGCGGCUUUAUCAUGCUUUCUGUGAAAGCUCAAACCGGCCAGAUGUGGGGCACAGCGGGCCGUGAUCUGAUCCGCAAUCGCUCGUUUAAAAAUGUACCAACAGGUUUAUGGGCCACAUUGAAAAUGUUACUCAAGUGUCAGUGUUCCUCUUUGAGUCCGUCCUUGUAAUAUAUGAAUGUAAAUAAUGUUUUCUUGCGUUAUCCUGUACAAUCAUUCAGGGUGUCUUGCCAGUCUUUGUGCCUUAUUUAACAUAUGCACAUGCCAGUUUAUGUAAACGGAGUGAAAAUGUAUGUUUAACAUUCCCCUUUAAUAAAGUGGAUGAAACGCUUUAUUCUGUGUUGCAUAUAAAUAUAAUUUAUUACUUGUUUAAAAAUUCUUUCUUACAUAUUGUACAGAAACUUCACAGAGGAGAUGCAAGUGUUUGCAAAUUACAUCAUGAACGUGCCAUAAAGAAUAAGUAACAUUAUUACUAUAAAUAUAAUAAUCGUAUGAUAACUAUGGAAAGCAACUGCUAGCGUUUGUUAAGUAUGUAUGUUUUAUAAAAGAUGCAGAAUUUGCAUAGCUUCAGAAAUUUGGACAACUUGUACAAGAGAAAAUGUCAUUUUCAAACACUCAAAUGGCUAUUAAUAUUUUACAGUUAUCACAUGCAUCCGGACACAGUGCUGUCUGAUAUCUGCAGUUUAUAGCAAUAUGGCAGGCCACAUUGACAAAUAAUCAUGUGUACGAUGUUAAAAUUAUCAAUCUUAAGAUCAGCAAUGGACUAAAUAUUAGUAAAAAACAUUAAUUCUUAGUAUAAAGAGGCACAUUCAAAAUUCCAAUUUCGAUAUAUCAGCUAUUUACGUCUUACUGAUGACAUCGUUCCAUUUUUAUUGGUAAAAAUUCAAUUUCGAUAUAUCAGCCAUUUACGUCUUAGUAGUAACAUCGUUCCAUUUUUAUUGGUCAAAAUUCCAAUUUCGAUAUAUCAGCUAUUUACGUCUUACUAGUAACAUCGUUCCAUUUUGACAUAUCAGCGAUUUACGUCUUACUAGUAACAUCGUUCCAUUUUUAUUGGUCAAAAUUCCAAUUUCGAUAUAUCAGCCAUUUACGUCUUACUAGUAACAUCGUUCCAAUUUUAUUGGAAACAAUUCCAAAUUCAAUAUAUCAGCUAUUUACGUCUUACUAGUAACAUCGUUCCAUUUUUAUUGGUAAAAAUUCCAAUUUCGAUAUAUCAGCUAUUUAAGUCUUACUAAUGACAUCGUUCCAUUUUUAUUGGUAAAAAUUCCAAUUUCGAUAUAUCAGCUAUUUAAGUCUUACUAAUGACAUCGUUCCAUUUUUAUUGGUAAAAAUUCAAUUUCGAUAUAUCAGCCAUUUACGUCUUAGUAGUAACAUCGUUCCAUUUUUUAUUGGUAAAAAUUAAAAUUUCGAUAUAUCAGCCAUUUACGUCUUACUAGUAACAUCGUUCCAUUUUUAUUGGUCAAAAUUCCAAUUUUGAUAUAUCAGCUAUUUACGUCUUACUAGUAACAUCGUUCCAUUUUGACAUAUCAGCGAUUUACGUCUUACUAGUAACAUCGUUCCAUUUUUAUUGGUCAAAAUUCCAAUUUCGAUAUAUCAGCCAUUUACGUCUUACUAGUAACAUCGUUCCAUUUUUAUUGGAAACAAUUCCAAAUUCAAUAUAUCAGCUAUUUACGUCUUACUAGUAACAUCGUUCCAUUUUUAUUGGUAAAAAUUCCAAUUUCGAUAUAUCAGCUAUUUACGUCUUACUAGUAACAUCGUUCCAUUUUUAUUGGUAAAAAUUCCAAUUUCGAUAUAUCAGCUAUUUACGUCUUACUAGUAACAUCAUUCCAUUUUUAUUGAUAAAAAUUCCAAUUUCAAUAUAUCAGCUGUUUACGUCUUACUAGUAACAUCGUUACAAUUUGACAUAUCAGCUAUUUACGUCUUUCUAGUAACAUCGUUCCAUUUUUAUUGGUAAAAAUUCCAAUUUUGAUAUAUCAGCUAUUUACGUCUUACUAGUAACAUCGUUCCAAUUUUACAUAUCAGCUUUUUACGUCUUUCUAGUAACAUCGUUCCAUUUUUAUUGUUAAAAAUUCCAAUUUCGAUAUAUCAGCUAUUUACGUCUUACUAGUAACAUCGUUCCAUUUUUAUUGGUAAAAAUUCAAUUUCGAUAUAUCAGCUAUUUACGUCUUACUAGUAGCAUCAUUCCAUUUUUAUUGUUAAAAAUUCCGAUAUAUCAGCUAUUUACGUCUUACUAGUAGCAUCGUUCCAUUUUUAUUGUUAAAAAUUUCGAUAUAUCAGCUAUUUACAUCUUACUAGUAACAUUGUUCCAUUUUUAUUGGUAAAAAUUCAAUUUCGAUAUAUCAGCUAUUUACGUCUUACUAGUAACAUCGUUCCAUUUUUAUUGUUAAAAAUUCAAUUCCGAUAUAUCAGCUAUUUACGUCUUACUAGUAGCAUCGUUCCAUUUUUAUUGGUAAAAAUUCCAAUUUCAAUAUAUCAGCUGUUUACGUCUUACUAGUAACAUCGUUACAAUUUGACAUAUCAGCUAUUUACGUCUUACUAGUAACAUCGUUCCAUUUUUAUUGGUAAAAAUUCCAAUUUCGAUAUAUCAGCUAUUUACGUCUUACUAGUAACAUCGUUCCAUUUUUAUUGGUAAAAAUUCCAAUUUCGAUAUAUCAGCUAUUUACGUCUUACUAGUAACAUCGUUCCAUUUUUAUUGGUAAAAAUUCCAAUUUCGAUAUAUCAGAUAUUUACGUCUUACUAGUAACAUCAUUCCAUUUUUAUUGGUAAAAAUUCCAAUUUCAAUAUAUCAGCUAUUUACGUCUUUCUAGUAACAUCGUUCCAUUUUUAUUGGUAAAAAUUCCAAUUUUGAUAUAUCAGCUAUUUACGUCUUACUAGUAACAUCGUUCCAAUUUUACAUAUCAGCUUUUUACGUCUUUCUAGUAACAUCGUUCCAUUUUUAUUGUUAAAAAUUCCAAUUUCGAUAUAUCAGCUAUUUACGUCUUACUAGUAACAUCGUUCCAUUUUUAUUGGUAAAAAUUCAAUUUCGAUAUAUCAGCUAUUUACGUCUUACUAGUAGCAUCGUUCCAUUUUUAUUGUUAAAAAUUUCGAUAUAUCAGCUAUUUACAUCUUACUAGUAACAUUGUUCCAUUUUUAUUGGUAAAAAUUCAAUUUCGAUAUAUCAGCUAUUUACGUCUUACUAGUAACAUCGUUCCAUUUUUAUUGUUAAAAAUUCAAUUCCGAUAUAUCAGCUAUUUACGUCUUACUAGUAGCAUCGUUCCAUUUUUAUUGGUAAAAAUUCCAAUUUCAAUAUAUCAGCUGUUUACGUCUUACUAGUAACAUCGUUACAAUUUGACAUAUCAGCUAUUUACGUCUUACUAGUAACAUCGUUCCAUUUUUAUUGGUAAAAAUUCCAAUUUCGAUAUAUCAGCUAUUUACGUCUUACUAGUAGCAUCGUUCCAUUUUUAUGGUUAAAAAUUUCGAUAUAUCAGUUAUUUACGUCUUACAAAUUUGUAAUAUUUGUAAAUUAAUUUGAACAUAUAUAUUUAUCAUACAUAUAUUUACUUUUAAUAAAACCCUAAAAUGCUUUCUUGCUACAAUCACAUCUGAAAUGAACAUAUUGAAUUAAGUUUUAUUUACUAGUGGCAAUAAAAAAAUUACAAUGUUUACUAGUAAGAAGCACAUAGUUGAUAUGUGAACUGAGUAAGAAAUUAAUUAUAGAUAUCUGUAAUUUUAUUUUGAACAGGAGUGUUUUACAUUGUAAAUUCUACUAGUAAAAAUACACUUACAGAUAUCAAGAAUCAUGUUUUUACUAGUUGAAUUUACAUCAUUUCCGUAACACAAUUACUGAUAUUAAAAUUCAUUUACACAUGUAGUAAUCCCUCUGCUGAUCUCAAGAGUUGGCAUUUUCACUAGCAAAAAUGUAAUUAUAGUUAUUUAUAAUUCAUAUCCUGCACAUUAUUAAAUGUCAAAAGGACUUGCGAUAAUAACAGUGUUUCUCAACUGGUGGUUCGAGACCCCAAAAUGGGUUCUGGGACUGUAGGGGAAAAAAUUCAGAUGUAUAUAUAUAUAUAUAUAUAUAUAUA